AUAGUGUGACCCAUUUUGCUGCAUUAUGUUUCCAACUGCACGUAGUUGCAGAACACUCAACUUAUAAAAUAUUCGCGGCUAAUUUUAUCUUCAGUUUAUUCGCCGCUCUUUUCGUGACGUGCAUGCAUAUUAGUCAAACUCUUGAAUAUUUUAAUAACAGUUUAGUUUAUUUGGACCAUUAUUUUCAAUUAUUAUUUUUAUUAUUAUUAGAUAAUUAUUCAUCAACUGCAUUUGUUAUCUAGUCUAGUGUGCGCCGCUUUUGACGUUUGUGCAAGUUUGACAUUUGUAAACUGUCGCGCAAGGUUGAACGAAAAAAGUGAUAAAUUUUGCGGUUUGUGAUCAAAAUCGACCACUUCCAGUAAAAAAUCACGAUCAUUCAAAUUUAAUGUGAAUUGCGAACAAAAUUGCAAACAUGAAUUCGAUCUUAAACAGUCUAUUAAUAAAAACCCAGCGCUUCUUGGGGCCUCAUUCUUCAAGUGUGACCUCUGCCAGGCACCAAAGUUCAAAACUGGACAGCAAAUCUCACAGAGUUGACAAUUUAGAAAAAAGAUUUUUGGUGUGGACUGGAAAAUAUAAAUCAGUUGCUGAAGUGCCUACUUUUGUGGAGCAAAAUGUGGUUGAACGCGCUAGGAAUAGGAUGCGAAUUCGAAUUGCCAACUACAUGAUGGCAGCAACAGCCCUUGCUUGCGUUGUUAUGGUGUAUUUUGGCAAACAAGCAGCACAACGGGGUGACAGCGUCGCAAAGCAAAACCUGGAGUGGCAUCGCCAGGUUAAUGAAGAAGCCAAAAAGUAGAGCGCGAAGAUUUUUGUAGAUACUGAGCAAACAGUCUACUAUGUAUGUACCUAGAGUACGGCUUUUUUGUUUUAGUCUUAAUGUGUAAAUAGCUUUAUAAAAAGGAAUGUGAUUAUUUGAAAACCAAAAUACUUGGUAUAUUUUUAAAACAAAAAGAUUGCAGUGGCAUAUGUGUACUCUUUUAAUAUAUUAAUGGAAGUUUU